GCAAUGAAGAGUAUGAAAAAUGUUUCUGGAGUUAAAAGUGAUACUGGGAGCUCACGAAUGGACAGAAAGCGUGGGAAAUACGCAGUGAAUAUUGAGCACUCUGGAAAACAGCUGCCAUUCCUGAGCCCAACAAAUUGUGAAGCUCACAACUCAGAAUGUCAGUUUUCUACAUCAGCUGGUCCUACUGGCACCAACUUAACUGAGCUCUGCACCGACUCAGGGCCCGUCGGUCACUCAGAAUUCCCAAACCAAGAAUUUCCACAGGUAGCACAACAUUUCAUCAGUGACUGGUCUGUGUGGAAAAUGUUUCUGGUUUGUCUCUCAGCUGGUGUGAUAACAGCAGCAAUUGGAGUACUCAUAGUGUCCUUGGUGGCUAAUGUGAAAAAUAAUGAUGUUAUUGUUAUAAAACUUCCUCAAAGCCAAGGGAUUCCAUCUACAACUCAAACAACCUCAUCUACAAGUUCUAAACCUACAUUUACCACUACUAUAAUAGACUCUACCACAACUUCCACUUCAAUUCCGCUUAUAAUCACAACAACCACUGCUAGUAGUUCAACAGCACGUUGGAGCACAAAUACAAUCACCAGUGCUUCAACUGAAAUCGCAAAAACAUCUGCCAUCACUUCAAAUGGAGCAACAACUGCCACUAAUUCAGGGAGUUCCACAGAGAGUAUAUCCACAAUGGCCACUACUAUCACUUUUACUGAACUC